ACUGAGAGAACGUACAGCUUUCAGAGUCAGUUGACUACAUGCUCUCUCGUAUUAGUUGCAUCUAAUCUAUUAGAGGAUUGUUUACAGCGUACAUUACGCGAUCAGUAGUCAGAGGAAAUAAUAUCUGUACAAUCGGAAAAUUAGAGUAGACUUAGCUAAUAUAAUAACAGCUAGUUACCACAAGUUUGGGAAAACAGAAUUAGCUUUGAAGCCUUCCUAUCUGACCUAAAUACCCCCCAGACUAACAAAGACUUCUUUAUGACGACGAUUUUUCUUCUUUCGCCCGUGGUUAUUUUGAUGGUACAAUUGUUAUGCCUGAACUCGACUGUCGGCACAAUCCAUCUUGUGGAUGUUACAGAAACGACUUCCAGUUCUCAACCUUGGAACGGAAAAGAAGUACUAGAUCAUACUCACCCAACACAGCACCAAAAGUCUCAUGAUCCUGAAGUAUUGCGUGCUGUACCAAGUAAAACAGUGAUAAACCGUUUGAUAAGGCGUUUAUCCUGGAACGAACCUGCUUCUGAUGAGAGUUAUGAGCCCGUACAUAACGUGGAAGAAGGUGGGAGAAGAAACGGAAGUAACAGCACGUAUUUACCACAGGAAGCCCAGAAACACGAAGUGGAUCAUGAAAAUCACGGUAUUCACGUGGCUAGCUGGAGAUGGGAAUAUGUAAAGACACCGUUUAUUUACACGUCCUUUGUUAUUAUCGCUGCCUUGUGCAAAGUCGGAUAUCAUCAUGCAAAUUUUCUUUCCACCGUAUUACCGGAGUCUUGCUUGUUGAUAGUCCUAGGAACCGCUGUAGGAACCAUCAUAUAUCUAACAGAUGCUACUCAUCCUGUUCCACAGUUCACAUCUCGAGCGUUCUUUUUGCUGCUUCUUCCACCUAUUGUCUUAGAGUCUGCUUACUCCCUUCAUGAUCGUGCCUUUUUUAACAACCUUGGGACCAUCCUGUUAUAUGCCGUUUUGGGUACCCUGAUAAAUUGCUUCCUUAUAGGUCUGAGCCUUUAUGGUCUUUCGGAAUGCGGAGCCAUGGGAGAUACCAAACUUUGGAUCAUUGAGUGCCUUGUGUUUAGUGCCCUAAUUUCAGCUGUCGAUCCAGUGGCCGUGCUAGCCAUCUUUCAAGAAAUUGGAGUAAAUAAAGUUCUGUAUUUUUUGGUGUUUGGAGAAUCUUUAUUAAACGACGCCAGCACCGUUGUCUUAUACACGAUGAUGGUGGGUUUGUCUUCAUCUUCUCAAGUGACAGUCAAUCAGAUUGGCCUUGGGAUCGCCGCUUUUCUCUGCGUCAGUUUGGGUGGUUUGAUUAUUGGCAUUUUCAUGGGAAUAGUUACUGCUCUUAUUACCAAACAUACCCAGGAAGUUAGAGUGGUGGAACCCUUGGCCUUGCUGGGUAUUGCCUAUUUGUCGUAUCUCUUAGCUGAGAUGAUUCACUUCUCUGGAAUUAUAAGUAUUAUAGCCUGCGGUCUCGUGCAAGCCCAAUAUGCGUUCUUCAACAUUUCCAGAAAGACGUACACAACUGUGAAAUACUUCAGUAAAAUGUUGAGCGCGGUGUGUGAUACAAUAAUCUUUCUCUUCCUUGGGAUGGUUCUAGUAAACGAUCGACAUGUUUGGCAAACAGGAUUUGUUCUUUGGUCAACGUGUCUUUGCCUCCUAGUGCGAUUUUUCAGUGUCUACCUACUGACUUUUCUCGCAAACUAUUUCCAACGUCUUCAUAUUAUAAACCUUGAAGAACAAUUCAUAAUGGCCUACGGUGGGUUACGAGGUGCUGUGGCGUUUUCGUUGGUAAUUAUGUUGGAUGAAAAGAUCAUUCCAAACAAGUCCCUUUUUGUGACAGCAACAUUGUUUAUUGUGCUCUUCACAGUGUUUAUUCAGGGUAGUACAAUUAAACCGUUGGUAACACUUCUGAAAAUCAGGAGGCAGGGUCAACAAUGCUAUAGUUUGUUUGAAGAAGUCAACGACAAGGUAGUGAACAAUGUAAUGGCUGGAAUAGAAGAGGUCACAGGUCACCACAGCGAAAAUUACUGGAAGCAAAUUCUGUAUUACUAUGACGAGAAAUACCUCAAGAAGUGGCUCCAGCAAAGCACAUCUGAGAACACAUUGACUCGAGUGUACACAAAAAUGGUUCUUUCGGAUCAUUUUGCACAUCUUUAUGGGCCAGCUACAGCUAUAGAAGAUAAUAAGCCAUUACUUCUUCACGAAAAUACAGAUGAUGAUUUGGCUGCACCUUUAGACAAUAUUUUUAUUACCAGUGAUGAAGAUGAAGAGUCUAAAUGUUCUCCAAAAUCAGAAAAGAUAACUUUUAAAAUAGAUCAAGUGCCUGAAUCUACUUCAUCUCAGCCGUCAUUUAGCAAGAGACGUCAUACAUUAUCAGCACUCAGAGCCUCAAUGAGAACCUCAAAACAUAGGGCAACUGAUGAAGAGAGAGAUGAUACAUCAAAACUUCUACAGAAAGCUCUGCGUGACAAUCCAUAUUAUAAGUACCACCAAAAAUAUAACCGAAACCUGGUUGGAGAUGAUCAACAAGAGUUAGCAUCUCAUCUUCGGGCUCGGAAGUUGCGUGCCCGGCGCCUCACUUUGGCUGCAGCUUUAAGUGGAGCAGCAAGCCCAGCAUUGUCAACAGAUGACAUAAAUGCUGUGCAGUCUCAUAAAGAAGAAUCAAGUGAUACUUUCUCAUCACCUCGUUGCUCUGUUCAGUUGCCUUCUAGUCCCUUGUAUGAUCCCACUUCUAUAUUAUUAGCACGAGCUAACCGGCGACGUUCAAUUAUGAGUACAAGAUAUCCCAAACUACAGAAAGCAAAUACUAUCAGUAUUGAUUCUCCAUCAGAUGAGCAUGACACGCUCCAUCAACAGGAAGCACUCACUGAUAGUUUAGAGGACAUAAAAGAAGUGGAAAGUGGUGAAGAGAAUAAAAAUGGUAACAAAAAACGAUCAAAGAAAAAACAAGUGAGAAUUUUUUCUGAAACUGCUGAAAAUGGAAAGGAUGAGACAUGUACAGACAGAUCACCAGAAAAUAUAAAAGAGACUCCAUUCUAAGAUAACUUAAAUAGCUUUGCAUUUUGCUGUGGAAUUUGCAAACAGCAUAUAUUUAUAGUUUGUUGGUAAAAGGUGGUUUCAAACCAUUAUCAAGUAACUAAGUUUUUCAGAUGAAUUCUUUUAUUGCCAAAUCUUUUCUUUAUUUCCACUUUGUGAAUACUGUGUAUGAUAAGAAUGCUUAUAUUCCUAAAAGAUAUACAAAGUAAAUACCUAAAACUAGUUACAAAUAGUUAUAAAGAUAAACUAAAAUCUGAUACGACAACCUGUCAAAAAAGAAGCUUUAUAAGUACUGAGAUACCAUUUUAGUGUUUUUUGGGAUAACACUACCUUCUGAGUAAAUUAGUUAAACUCUUAUAUCUAUUUUCCAAUGUCAUAACUCAAAAUAUUUAUGUAAAGGCUAUACCACUGAAUAAAAAAACUAUAAACUCUCU